ACGGUUUAACAUGAAAUAGUAAACCAAUUAUGAGCAUAUUAUUUCGAUGCCAGUAUCGUAGUCGGAAUAAUGGAAAAUGUUCACCGCAGUGAUACGAGAAACGCCUCCAGGAGCGACGUUAACGUUAGCUUGAGCUGGUCAGGUAACGUUCGCUAGCUGGUUGUAUACAGCUAACGGUAGCAUGCUAGUUCAUUCAUUUAUGAAGCUGAACCUCUUUAUUUUGAUGACAGAAAUGUACAGUUUCUGUGUGCAUUGAAUAUAGCUUACUUUUGGUUGAAUGCGCCUUCAGCAAAUUUCAUCGAAUCAUCAUGGCGUUAGGUGAGACUGACGUUGCAGACGGAUACCCGAAGACCAUGAAUCGCGGUCCUGGUGUGCCCGCUUCCGCCAGCUGCAGCUACAGCAGCAGUAGCAGCAUCACGGAACUACUGGGCGCGCUUUGCGACACUUUCGUUUCGGGAGUGUCGUGGACUUUGCCCGCCUUGCGCUCGGGUUCGGGCUCGGGCUCCGUCGAGCGGUUCCGGAGGGACUUGAGAAGACGGGCCUAUGGCGUGCUGCUGUCCACGCUCUUUCAGGACGGCUCUCCGAAGGGGCUACCCGGCCCGCUCGCUUCCACUCCCCCCAGAAACAAAGUGCUGAUGCUCUCCUUCAACCUGCGGGUCUCCGGGAGGCAGGAGGAGGCCGAGCGGCUGGAGGAGCUGCUGGGGGCGCUGGGGGACGGCCGGGGCUCAGGCCUGGCCGAGUUGAACUCCGUGCUGGAGCUCCUGGUCCAGCUGGCGGGCUCCGUUCCCCCUCCCCCCACCUCCUUCAGCCGGGACUACGGCCGGUGGGAGCGGCCGGUUACCCGCAGGCCUCCCGUCGGAAGCUACCUGAGCGCGGAGCUCCUGCGUCUGGAGGCCCGCACCUGGGCCCUGGUGACGGCGGAGGAGUCGGGCGCCAUGGGGUGCCUGGGGGGGAGCCUGGGCCUCAUGGACGCGCCGCCGGGGAGCGGCCUCCUAUUCCUGGGGCGCCGCGGGGACGCGGAGGAGCGCUUCGAGAAGGAGACCCGCACGUCUCUGUUCGGGGCGCUGCAGCACAGCCGCACCUCAGACCUGGACGUCCGGCUGGACCUGCCCCCCGUUCCCAGCAACGCUGACGUCGCAGGCCUGGCCUUACGGGUCCCGCCCGCUCUGGAUCAGUCGGAGGACGAGGGCUUCCGGUCGGACUCGAACCCGACCCCGGACUCUCAGUCGGCGCCGAGCCCCGGGCCGGACCUGGACGUGUGGGAGGCGCUGCACGACUUCCAGCCCAGCCACCGCCGCUGCUGGGAGAUGGUGGGCUGCCCCCCCGGCAGUAAGGAGAAGCCCUUCCUAACGGAGGGCGGCAGGCAGGCGUUUGACCAGCUGUACAGGCUGGUGGAGAGGAACGUGCGGACCCUGAGCAGCGGCCCGGCCUCGCCCCCCAUCCCCCCGCCCCGGGACUCGGAGAGCCUGCUGGUGGGGGACCUCCUGAACGUGCUCAUGGGGGUGCCGUCCGCCACCUUCCCCCUCAACCCGACGUGUGCGCAGUUCGAGGUGAGGCCAGGGGUGUGUAUUUCGGGAGCGUCCCCGGAGAGCUUGUCCCGGCUGCUGGGGGACCUGGCGCAGUACGGAACGCACUACCUGCGCCUGAGCCGCUUCUCCCUGCAGGGCGCCCAGAGACGAGGCCUGGUGUUUCAGGCUUUCACAGGAGGCUUGAUGAGGUACCUCCAGUACUACUGCGCCUGUGUGCUCUCCACCCCGAAUACCCUCAGCCUGCUGACCAUCUGCUUCCAGUUCCGCAAGCUGGGCAGCCAGCUCCGGUACCUCUCUGAGCUGUGCUGUUUGGAUGGGGCUUCUCCGGCAGCUGGCCAGGCUACCUUCCCUGUGGGUGUGAAGCUGCUCUCGUACCUGUACAGUGAGGCUCAGAGCAACUGCAGCAAUGAGAACUACCCUGUGCUGCUGUCCCUGCUAAAGAGCAGCUGUGAUCCGUACACACGGUUCGUGUCCGACUGGGUGUACAGCGGCGUGUUCCGGGACGUUUACGGAGAGUUCAUGAUCCAGGUCAACGAGGAUCACCUUGGCUGCAGAGAUAAGCACUUCUGGUCUGAGGGGUACACCCUGAUCUCGCGCAGCGUGGAGGAGAAUGUUCCCGUGUUCCUCAGGCACCUCGCCAACGACGUCUACGUCUGCGGGAAGACCAUCAACCUGCUGAAGAUCUGCUGCCCCCAGCACUACAUCUGCCGGUCCGAGCUGCCCGUGCCGCGCAUCGCCGUGACCGUCUCCCUGCGGGAGCUGGAGGAGGUGGAGAGGGACUGUGCUGUGUACCGCAGCCGAAUGGGGCAGGUGGCCCGGCACAGCGUGGUCACCCGGGAGGAGCAGGCGCAGCGUAUGGAGCGUGCCCGGCAGGAGCUGAUCAGUCAGGUCAGGGCGUCGACCGCCAAGACGCUGGAGAGCAUUCGAGGUCUGCAGGUGUCCCAGCGCCUGGCUGAGGGGGCGAGGAAGAGGGAGCGCUUUGUGGAGCUGAAGCAGCAGCUGGAGAUGGAGCAGGAGCGGCGUGGCACGGCCCAGCGGAAAGAGCAGGAGGACGAGUUUGGGUUCCUCCGUGAGCUGCAGGACCGGGAGAGGAGGCUGCAGGCCCUGCAGGAGGCCCAGGAGCGCAGAGCCAGGAAGGAGCUGAUCGACCAGUACAGCCAGCUCACGGAGGAGGCGGCCAAGAGGGAGAGGCGGGCCCUGUGGCGGGUACAGCGGAUGCGAUUGCACCAGGACAGAGUCCGCUUGCUGCAAGAGGACCGGCGUCUCAUUCAGGCUCUUCUGGAGCAGUAUCCCCUCGGCCAGCCGGGACCCCCCACAGUCCCCCAAACUUCAGCCCGCACACAGCGGCCCUCCCAGGCGUCUGGGGAGGUGGUGCAGGACACACCCACCGGCCCCCAGGAGACACCCACCGGCCCCCAGGACACACCCACCGGCCCCCAGGAGACACCCACCGGCCUCCAGGCACCUCCCUCCCCCGCAGAAGAGGAGGCGCUGAUCUCGGACGAGCUGGACAUCAGGGACUUCCUGCCGAAGCCUGGACCAGCCCCCGACGAGCAGGAAGUGGACCGGGCGCUGCAGGACAUUGGCUCGGACCUGCCUCAGGUCCCCGCCCUCGCCCAGGACUACGACUUCAGCGCCCCCUACGUCCCCCUCCAGGGCAGCCCCACCCUCCCCCACUCGACCCCCGCCGCCCCGCCCCUCGCCCCUGUCUGGGCCGGAGACCAGCCUCCCCCGGAGGGGGCGGCUCUGCCGGAGGCCAAGACGAUUGGACGGCAGCCUGGGAAGGCCCUCCCCUCUCAUACCCCCACCACGCAGGUUAACUUUGCCCCUGGGGGGGUCAAUCCAGUUCCAGACCCCAGUGGACCAGUCGCGCCAAUCACCGACACCCAUAUAAGGGUGGGUGAGCAUGUUUCUAAGGUCACGACUCCUGUCCCCGCCCCCAGUGUUCAUGGCCACGCCUCCGACGCCCAUAUAAGGGUGGGAGAGCAUGUUUCUGAGGUCAUGACUCCUGUCCCCGCCCCCAGUGUUCAUGGCCACGCCUCCGACGCCCAUAUAAGGGUGGGAGAGCAUGUUUCUGAGGUCACGACUCCUGUCCCCGCCCCCAGUGUUCAUGGCCACGCCUCCGACGCCCAUAUAAGGGUGGGAGAGCAUGUUUCUGAGGUCACGACUCCUGUCCCCGCCCCCAGUGUUCAUGGCCACACCUCCGACGCCCAUAUAAGGGUGGGUGAGCACGUUUCUGAGGUCACGACUCCUGUCCCCGCCCCCAGUGUUCAUGGCCACACUUCUGACGCCCAUAUAAGGGUGGGAGAGCAUGUUUCUGAGGUCAUAACUCAUGUUCCCGCCCCCAAUGUUCAUGGCCACGCCUCCGACGCCCAUAUAAGGGUGGGUGAGCAUGUUUCUGAGGUCAUAACUCAUGUUCCCGCCCCCAAUGUUCAUGGCCACGCCUCCGACGCCCAUAUAAGGGUGGGUGAGCAUGUUUCUGAGGUCAUAACUCAUGUUCCCGCCCCCAAUGUUCAUGGCCACGCCUCCGACGCCCAUAUAAGGGUGGGUGAGCAUGUUUCUGAGGUCAUAACUCAUGUUCCCGCCCCCAAUGUUCAUGGCCACGCCUCCGACGCCCAUAUAAGGGUGGGUGAGCAUGUUUCUGAGGUCAUAACUCAUGUUCCCGCCCCCAAUGUUCAUGGCCACGCCUCCGACGCCCAUAUAAGGGUGGGAGAGCAUGUUUCUGAGGUCAUGACUCCUGUCCCCGCCCCCAGCAUCCAUGGCCAUGCCUCCGACAGCAGCAUAAAGGUUGGGGGUUUUGUGUCGGACGUGACCCCCUCCCGUCCCCGUUGGAGCAAGCACGGACACUCCUCUGACUCUGUCCUCAGGGUGGGGUGCGCGGUUUCUGGGGUGGAACCGCUCCCGUUGCCCCUCCCCGGUAGCGACUACGGACACUCCUCUGACUCUGCCCUCAGGGCGGGGUGCGUGGUUUCUGGGGUGGAACCGCUCCCGGUGCCCCUCCCCGGUAGCGACUACGGACACUCCUCUGACUCUGCCCUCAGGGCGGGGUGCGUGGUUUCUGGGGUGGAACCGCUCCCGGUGCCCCUCCCCGGUAGCGACUACGGACACUCCUCUGACUCUGCCCUGGGAGCGGGCUGUGUGGUGACCGGCAGCAGGGAGCUCAGAGGAGCAGGACCGGAGGCCGGGCCCGAAGCAGGGGCCCACGUUGAGCCUGAGUGGCCGGUGGAAGGGGCGGAGCAGGACUACCUGGCCUCGCUGGCGUCUCAGUACGAAGUGGAGCGGUACCAGGACCCCUACGCCCUUCUGGCCCUGGCCCCGGGCUCGCAGACCCUGCAGCAGGUGGUUCGUGGCCCCUACAGGCCCCCAGGGGUCCUGUCCCUAGACAAGGCCGCAGACGGCCCCGCCGUGGAGCUCAGCGAGAUGGUGCCUCUGCCUGUCCUGAUGAAGCUCUCCGUCACCACCCCCCUCAUCACACACGUGUCCCUGGUGAAUAAAGCGGUGGUCGAUUACUUCUUCGUGGAACUGGGUGUGGAGAGGCACUUCGAGGCACUCCGCCACUUUCUGCUGAUGGAGGAUGGGGAGUUCGCUCAGUCACUCAGCGACCUGCUGUUUGAGAAGCUGCGCAGUGGGCCGACUCCGGGGGAGCUGCUGACCCCUCUGGUGCUGAACUCCAUCCUCAGCAAGGCCCUGCAGUACAGCCUGCACGGCGACAUCGCCCUGGCCUCCAGCUUCUCCUUCGCGCUCCGCUUCGUCCCCGAAACCUUCCACCCCCUCGCCCCCGACGCCCUCAACUGCCUGGAGCUACGCUACAAGGUGGACUGGCCUCUGAACAUCAUCAUCACGGACAGCUGCAUGAACAAGUACAACCGCCUUUUCUCCUUCCUGCUGCAGCUGAAGCACAUGGUGUGGACCCUGCGCGACGUCUGGUUCCACCUGAAAGCUUUGGUGAAGGGGGCGGGGAGCUCGGUGCAGUUCCGGCAGCUCCAGCUCUAUCGGCACGAGAUGCAGCACUUCGUGAAGGUGAUCCAGGGCUACAUCGCCGACCAGAUCCUGCAGGUGUCCUGGAACGAGUUCACCCACAAGCUGGGCAACGUUCACGACCUGGACGCCAUCCACCACACCCACGCCGACUACCUCAACCGGGCCAUCUUCAGGGGCCUGCUGACGGACAAGGCCGCGCCGGUGAUGAACAUCAUCCACAGCAUCUUCAGCCUCAUCCUCAAGUUCCGGGCGCAGCUGAUCGCACAGCCCUGGAGCCGCCAGCAGGGGGAGCUGGUGCACCCCAGCUUUGUGGCCCUGCAGCAGUUUUACAACACCUUCAAGUACUACUCCCACUUCCUCUUCAAAGUGGUGACCAAGCUGGUGGACAGGGGCUACCAGCCCCACCUGGAGGACUUCCUGCUCCGCAUCAACUUCAACAACUACUACAAAGAGACGUGAGCGGGGAAACGCCAAACACCCCUGGGCCGUUUCCCCGCGGGUGACCUCCAAGGUGCCACCCAGGACUUCCCAGCCCAGGACCGUGGACCGUGACGCUCUCCGUCCCGGACCGUUGCCCAUCAGACCUGGGUCGAACGCGUAACCCGUUUUGUUUUCACUUACUCUUUCCACGCUUUACCGAGGUCGACCGGUGCAUUGCAGCCUAUGAAGUGCCCUCAAGUGCGGACCCCGCCUUCUGGACCUCCUUCGUCAGCGCAAUUGAACCGAGAUCAAUCGAGCACGGAGGAGUUUCUGGAUCCAAAACGACAGAAUGACGUAUUUGACCCUUGUCUGGUGCUCGUUAGCUUUGUUUCCGUGAGUCCGUCUGUGAUUGUGGCUCUGCAAUGCGACCCCCCCCCCCCACUUAUCAGAAUUCAAUAAAAAACUAUUUUUUCACAA